GUAACAACAAAACGCACGUUUGAGAGGGCUUUGCAUGAAACCAUUACUGUAUGACCGAGUUUAGGUCUAUGAAACACAAUCAACCCUCACUUGUCUCUCACUUGUCAACGGAGCAGAAACAUCAGUAUUGUUUGGGCAGUUGCUGGCUACAGUCGGCUGAGCGUCCAGACCGCCUGCCAAAUCGAGCAUAAUGCCGUCCAUUCAACUCACUCAGCGACAUCUCCAGAGUCAACCAAUGUCGCGCUUUUCAGGCGACGUCAAGCGCCCCAAGCACCCCAACCCGUAGUGGGCAGGUGGCAUGGAGGGGUUUCGAGGGUUCCCUCCAAUCACUUUUAUAAAGGCAGGGAUUGCCGGUGCCUCGCAAAAAAAAAAUGUUAACGCGACCGCUUGCUGUGCGUCCCUGCCCUCACUCACUGCCUGCAAACGUCAGUCUCAUUCUGUACGGUCUUCUCCUUCUGCGGCUGUUGUGUGCUGCACUAUACGUAACCGGGCUGUUUGACAGGACGAUACGCAGCCGGUUCCACUGUACUUAUAAGGACAUUCUUACUUCUUCGUUUGUUUACAUUGUCGGUCAAUCAUGAUUCGCAACUGUCUUUCUCUUCGGCCUGCUUGUCGAGGAGCAAGAAGUGUUCUGCCUCGAUCCAAGAUCUCACUUUUGGGAACUCACCAAGCCACGACCAGACUCGCCGCCUCUCUUUAUAGCUCGACUUCCUCCCCAGGACCAUCACGCUUCUACUCUGUUGCCUCUACUCCCGCUUCGCCAUUGACCCCCCGCCAACGUCUUUCAGCAACCCGAUCAGUCCGCCCUCGUCGCAACCAAACUCCUGUCCGCUACUGUUCGUAUCGCAACCACAAGAUGUGCAGAACACAGGCCCAAGCCGAUGUGGCAAGUGGGGUCAACAUCCAGGGCCGCGAGCUUCUCCCCACCAACGUCAUUCCCAAACACUAUCACAUCACCCUCGAGCCCGACUUCCAGAAGCUCACCUUUGAUGGUACCGUCGUCAUCGACCUCGAUGUCGAGGAGGACUCCAAGUCCAUCUCCCUCCACACUCUAGAGAUUGACAUUCACAAUGCCAAGAUCACCUCUGGUGGUCAGACUGUUAGCUCGUCGCCCAAGGUCUCUUACAACGAGACUACCCAGGUCUCUACCUUCGACUUUGACAAUGCCGUCAACAAGGGCGCCAAGGCGCAGCUCGAGAUCCAGUUCACUGGCCAGCUCAACGACAAGAUGGCUGGUUUCUACAGGUCGACCUACAUCAACCCUGAUGGCACACAAGGUCUCUUGGCCGUCAGUCAAAUGGAGCCUACCGAUGCUCGCCGCGCAUUCCCUUGUUUCGACGAGCCUUCCCUGAAAGCCGAGUUCACCGUCACCCUCAUUGCCGAUAAGAAGUUGACCUGCCUCAGCAACAUGGAUGUUGCUUCCGAGUCUGAGGUUAAGGAUGGCAAGAAGGCCGUUACCUUCAACAAAUCGCCCCUCAUGUCUACCUACCUCGUCGCCUUUGUCGUCGGUGAGCUCAACUACAUUGAGACCAACGACUUCCGCGUCCCCGUUCGCGUCUACGCUCCUCCCGGACAGAAUAUCGAGCACGGUCGCUUCUCGCUCGACCUUGCUGCCAAGACCCUCGCUUUCUACGAGAAGGUCUUCGGCAUCGAGUUCCCUCUCCCCAAGAUGGACCAGAUUGCCAUUCCCGACUUCGCUCAGGGUGCCAUGGAGAACUGGGGUCUUGUCACAUACAGGGUUGUCGAUCUCCUCUUGGACGAAAAGGUCAGCGGUGCUGCUACCAAGGAGCGUGUCGCCGAGGUUGUCCAGCACGAGCUUGCUCAUCAGUGGUUCGGUAACCUGGUUACAAUGGACUGGUGGGAUGGUCUCUGGCUCAACGAGGGCUUCGCUACCUGGGCUUCUUGGUACUCUUGCAACAUCUUUUACCCUGAGUGGAAGGUCUGGGAAACUUAUGUUACGGACAACCUCCAGCGGGCUCUCGCUCUUGACUCCCUCAGGAGCUCUCACCCCAUCGAGGUUCCUGUCAAGCGUGCCGAUGAGAUCAACCAGAUCUUCGAUGCCAUCUCCUACUCCAAGGGCUCUUGUGUUCUGCGCAUGAUCUCUACCUACCUCGGCGAGGAUGUCUUCUUGGAGGGUGUUAGACGUUACCUCAAGAAGCAUGCCUACGGUAACACGCAGACUGGUGAUCUCUGGGCUGCUCUUGGCGAUGCUAGCGGAAAGAGCGUCGAGGAGGUUAUGGAUGUGUGGACCAAGCACGUGGGGUACCCAGUCGUUACUGUUACCGAGAAGGACGAGAAGACCAUCCACGUCAAGCAGAACCGUUUCCUCCGUACUGGUGACGUCAAGCCUGAGGAGGACAAGGUCAUCUUCCCUGUUUUCCUCGGCCUCCGCUCCAAGGAUGGCAUUGAUGAGAGCCUUACCCUUGACAAGCGUGAGGAUAGUUUCGAGGUUCCCAGCACUGAGUUCUUCAAGCUCAACGCGAACCACACCGGUCUCUAUCGUACCUCUUACACUCCUGAGCGCCUUGAGAAGCUCGGUGAGGCGGCCAGGCAGGGUCUCCUCAGUGUCGAGGACAGAGCUGGUAUGAUUGCCGAUGCCGGUGCCCUUGCUUCUUCGGGCUACCAGAAGACCUCUGGUGUUCUGACCCUUCUCAAGCGAUUCGACUCUGAGAAGGAGUUCAUUGUCUGGAGCGAGAUCAUCUCUCGCGUUGCUGCUGUUCAGGCUGCUUGGAUCUUUGAGGACAAGGCUGUUCGCGAUGGCCUUGAGGCUUUCCAGCGUGAGCUUGUUAGCCCUAGGGCUCACGAGAUGGGCUGGGAGUUCUCUGAGAGCGAUGGUCACAUUGAGCAGCAAUUCAAGGCCAUGCUAUUUGGCAAUGCCGGCCUCUGCGGUGAUGAGAAGAUUAUCGCUGCUGCCAAGGAGAUGUUUAAGAAGUUCAUUGCUGGCGACAAGUCGGCCAUCCACCCCAAUAUUCGUGGCAGCGUCUUCAGCAUAGCCUUGAAGUACGGUGGCACGGAGGAGUAUGAUGCUGUUCUCAACUUCUACCGUACCUCUACCAACAGCGAUGAGCGCAACACCGCUCUCCGCUGCCUCGGCCGUGCCAGGAGCCCCGAGCUCAUCAAACGGACCCUUGACCUUCUGUUCAGCGGUGAGAUCAAGGACCAGGAUGUGUACAUGCCCACUGCUGGCCUCCGUAGCCACCCUGAGGGCAUCGAGGCUCUCUUCAACUGGAUGACUGAGAACUGGGAUGAGCUCGUCAAGAGGUUCCCUCCUCAGUUGUCGAUGCUCGGAACCCUUGUUACUAUCUUCACUUCCAGCUUCACCAAGAGAGAGCAGUUGGCCAAGGUUGAGAAGUUCUUCGAGGGCAAGAACACCAACGGCUUCGAAAUGUCCUUGGCCCAGAGCUUGGAUGCUAUCCGCUCCAAGGUUGCGUGGGUUGAGCGUGACGGCGAGGAUGUUGCCAAGUGGGUGAAGGACAACAAGUACAGUGCGUAAAGACGACAAAGCCACUGAAAGGGUUGAUGAAGGCCAAAAGUAUGUCUGACUUUUGAUGGCCAGGUUCCUCGGAAAAUGGAACACCAUCAGCGACGAGGUAUGUGCAUAAGCUUUGAAUAGGCAAAGAGUCAUGAGACAGCAUAACAAGGGCCAUGUGUUUGGGAGGGUGUUAAAGAUACCAUGACUGUACAAUGCAUACAAUAGAAGCGACAUAUUGCAAAUGGAGGUCGCUGAUGCGGCAUCAAGCCGAAUUUAACCGUUGCAUAUCCUCUGA